AUGUCAGCAAGAGAAAUAUACGAACCAACGGGAGAUCCAGAAAAUGCCAUGUACGGGCCAUUUUUUGGUACGCUUGGCGUUUCAGCGGCUAUGAUGUUCACAGCAGCUGGUUCCGCUUAUGGUACUGCUAAAGCUGGUACAGGUAUCGCAUCGAUGGCAGUUACACGUCCGGAUCUUGUUAUGAAGGCAAUUGUACCUGUUGUGAUGGCAGGUAUUGUUGCAAUUUAUGGGUUAGUAGUUGCUGUAAUCUAUGCUGGCCGAGUAACUUCUUCUGCAGAUGGUUUUAAGAUUGAUCAAGGGUUUAGCACAUUCUGUGGAGGAUUAGUAUGUGGUUUUUGUGGUUGGGGUGCAGGUUAUGCAAUUGGUGUUGCUGGUGAUGCAGGCGUUCGUGCACUCUCACAACAGCCCCGAUUCUUUGUGGGAAUGAUCUUAAUUCUUAUUUUUGCUGAAGUGCUUGGUCUUUACGAAGGUAUGUCGUACGAUUUAAUAGCAGCAGAAAGUCCUGCGUAUUCACCCUUUUUUGGAUAUAUGGGAGCAGCUUCUGCUCAGAUAUUCACUGUACUUGGAGCUGCUUAUGGAACUGCAAAAUCAGCGGUCGGUAUCUCAAGUAUGGGUGUAAUGCGUCCUGAAUCAAUCAUGAAGUCAGUCAUUCCUGUCAUUAUGGCUGGCAUCAUUGGUAUCUACGGUUUAGUUGUAGCAAUGGUACUUAAAGGUAAGGUAACUAAGGCUUCUGCCGGUUACACUCUAGACAAGGGUUUCGCGCAUUUGGCAGCUGGUCUUACAUGUGGUUUGUGCGGUCUCGGUGCCGGUUACGCCAUAGGGAUUGUAGGUGACGCAGGAGUAAGAGGAAGUGCCCAGCAACCACGUCUUUUUGUUGGCAUGAUUCUUAUUUUGAUCUUCUCUGAGGUAUUGGGCCUGUACGGUAUGAUCGUGGCGCUAAUUUUGUCAACUUCUUAA